AUGACAGCCAUUCGCCGGUCCUUCUGUCUGCUCCGCCGCGACGCGGCGUGGUCCGACUCGUGCGCCAUGCACCCCAUGAUGGACAUCGGUCAGCCAUUCAACGUUAAACACGUGGCGCACGUCACCUUCGAUCGCUACCGCGGCUUUCUCGGGCUGCCCGAGGAGUUUUUGAAGCACGUCGACGGCGUCCCUCCCAGCGCCAGCCUUUCCGUAUUCGGCGUGCGGCCCGAGUCGAUGCAGUGCUCUCUGGACAGGCACGGCAACGCGGUGCCGACUAUCCUUAUCAAGCUACAGGAGCGCCUAUACGAGCUUCACGGCCUCUCGGCGGAGGGCAUUUUCCGCAUAUCGGGCAAGAUGGAGCACGACGAGCGCGUGCGCGAGCAGAUGAGCGCGGGAACCGUACCCGCGGACAUGGACGUGCACAGCAUCGCCGCACUCAUCAAGGUACACACCCGCCUCUUGCCACUUGCGCGCUUCUUCGCGCGCCUCGCUCCGCGCCUUUCCCCGCGCCUCUCCCAGCACCUCUCCUCGAAGCUCUGUGUAUGCGCAGUUGCCGCACCCAUUUGCUUUCGCGUUUGCGGAUCUGAUGUGAAACUCAGUCGUUUUCCUCCCUUGCACCCUUUCUCCCUGCUCUCCCUUUCCCUCCCCGACCCCCGUUUCGCUCCCCUCUUCCAGACAUGGUUCCAAGAGCUUCCAUACGGCCUGCUAGACUCCGUGUCGCCAUCCCGCCUCGCCAACACCCCCAACACGACGGAAGCCUCCGUCGCGCUCGCCGCGAAACUCCCCGCGACGGAGCGCGGGCUGCUGGACUGGGCGCUGAACCUGAUGGCGGACGUGUGCGCGCACGGGGAGAAGAACCGCAUGAGCGCGCGGAAUAUGGCGGUGGUGUUUGCGCCGAAUAUGACGCAGGUUAGCGACCCCGCGACGGCGCUGCAGCACGUGGUUCGCGUGAUGGAUUGGAUACGACUGCUGGUGGAUCAUAGAGUGGCGGAGCGGAGCGAGAAGGGGGAAGAGGGCGCGGAGAAAGGGGGGGGAGGAACUGAGGGUGAAGAAUCGGAGAAGCAACAGGAGGAGGAGAAGGAGAUUGAGAAGGAAGAAGAGAAUAAGGUGGAAAAGGCAGAUGAGGAGAAGGAAGAGGCAUCUGUUCCCGUUGAGGCGACUUGCAUGACAGCUAACUCAAGAACAGCUGAGUCAAGAGCAGUGGCAGCAGCAGCAGGGGAGGUGGCACAGGAGGUGGUGAUGAGAGUGCAAAUGGAGAGAGUAGGAGGGGUGGCGGUAGCAGGGGCGGCCGAAGCUAGCCUGCAGCCGGCCCACGCGGCGCCCUGCGGUGACGGCGCGCGGGCCGCAUUGAGCAAUCCCCGCGCUUCCUCCCCGUCGCCCGCCUACCCUUUGCCGUCCGCGCGUUCCCCUUCCUCCCGUUGCCUUCCCCCCAUUUUUCCGCCUUACCAAGCGCCUCUGCGAAUCGAUGCCUGGUCGCUCGUGCUCUCGCUGCUCCCCCCGCGCGAUAUCGCCAGCGCUGCGCUCACGUGCUCCUCCCUCGCCGCUGCCGCCGCCGCCGUCACCGCCGCACGCGCCGCCGAUUCCACGGGCGGCAGCGAGCCGCGUGCCGUCCCGUUUCUUAUUCCGGAUCGCGCACCUCAAAGUGAGGCGGGGGGAGCGAGGGCCGCGGGGACGGCGGAGGGGACGGGGGGCGCAACGAUGCCGUCCGCCCCGCGGUAUGCGUACUUCCGCUAUUCGCGCGCGAACGUGCGGGUGACGUCAGACGAAUCGUCCUUUCCUUCCUUGCUGUUUCACUUCCAAAAUCGCCAGAUCGUCAACCCACCGGGAACGCCGCAGGGCGAAGGCGGCGGCGCGGGACCUAUCCGCGUUCGCGAGAGCCGCGCAUCCGCGGAGGCUCCGCCGAUCAGUCCGCCGAUCGCUCCGCCGUAUCCAUAUCCGCAGCCGUCGUGGUGGUGGGGGGUGCUCCCGGAUUAUCUUAAGCGCGCAGAUCGCGCUGAUGACUCUAAGCGCGCGGAGCGGCAGCAGCUGACGCGGCCCGAUUCCCGACAGUCUGACGGGAGGGUAGGAGCCGAGAAGCAGCAGCAGCAGCAGCAGCAGCGGAAACCACUCCCCGGGGCGAAAGUCGCGCAAGUUGUGCGGGGCGGGCAGUCAGAUGCGCGGAAGCGGAAGCAAGGGAGAGAGGGAAAAGGGGAAGCGGACGUGGAGUCGGAAUGGCAGGCGGAGCAGCAGGCGGUGGCGCGGCAGGCGCUGCAGGCGCACGCGCUUCAGGACGCGGUGUCGAGCCUGCUCCCCGCGAUCUCCGCCCAUGCGCGGAGCGGGGGCGGAAGGCGCGGAUGGCCUGGCUGUGACUGCUGCACGCGCGGAUACAGGGAGGGGGAAGCGGACGAGAGCGUGGAGGAGGGGGAGGCGGGGGAAGGAGAAGAGACGGGUGCGAGGGGUUCUGGUAGCGGUGAUUGCGGCUGUGGUGGUGGCAGCCAUAACUGCUGCAUCCGUGCGCAUUGCCCUUGUGCCGCGCCCCUGCGUUCCAAAGCAGGGCGCGGGGAACAUGGACGCUUGGGGACAGGGCGAGAGGGGGAGGGCCGGGGAAAAGGGCGGAGGGGAGGAGGGGAAGGGGGGGAAGGGGGGGAAGGGGAAGCAGAUGAAGCAGAGGAGGCAGAUGAGGACGAUGUGGUGUUUGAGUGUGGGCCCUUCUGCUCCUGUGCUCUGCAGCACUGCAUGGCCUCACAUCCAUCACCCCACACACCAACCAACACAGUCGAAACAGCAGCAGCAGCAGCAGCGGAGGAGGAGGGAGCCACUCUCACCCCCGCAUGCCCCAGGUGUCCCAACCGCAGCAGUCAGCGGGGCGUGCAGUGGAGCCUAGCAGUGGUGUGGAGUGGCAGCAAGGGCUGGACCCUGGUCGCCCAGGAGCGCAUCCCACGCGGUGCCUUCAUCUGCCAAUACGCCGUACCCCUCUCCACCCCCAUCCCCCCCUUUCCCCACCUGUUUCCCCACCUCACUCCCCACCUCUCUCAAUACGUCUCUCCCCACCUCUUUCCCCACCUCUUUUCCCCCCUUCAUUCCCCCUCCCACUUCUUCCUCCGUGGUGGUGCAGGCGAGGUGCACCUCCCAUCCGGUGCAGUCCUGCGCACACAGAUCGACCCCUCUCGCAUGGGCUCCCUGGGUCGAUUCAUGAGCCACGAGUGUGGAGGAGGGAACGUGGCUCGGGUGGUGGUUCGCCAGGCCGGCUGCUUGCUGCCUGCUGUGGGGCUUGUGGCUCGGAGAGAGGUUCGGCAAGGAGAGGAGCUUACGUUUAGCUAUGGGGAUGUGGGGGAAGGGGAGGGAGAGGGGGUGGAUGGGGAUGGGGAUGGGGAGGGGAAGAGGGAGGUGGAAGGGGGUGAGGGUGGGAGUGUGGGAGGGGGUGAUGGGGAGGGUGGGAGAGUGGAAGGCGAGGGUGGUGGGAUGGAAGAGUGUUGGAGGGGUUGGGAGCAGCAGCAGCAGCAGCAGCAGCAGCGGCGGCUGGUGAAGCGGAGCAAGUGUUGCUGUGGUUCAGUGCAUUGCAGCGGGUAUCUGCCGUUUGAUAUGCUGUGA